CUCCUCCUCGGCGGCGGCGGCCGCCGCAGCCGGCGCCGCCGCCGCGACCGCCGCGGCCGCCGCGCUCAGCGCGGUCGUGCCAGCGGCCCCCUCCGGCGUGACGGCCGACGUGGAGUCGGAGUGCCGGUGGCAGGCGGUCCGCUCCGGGUUUUACGCGCUGCGCGCCGGCGGGGACACGAGGCAUUCGUACGGCGGCGGCGGCGGCGGGGUCAUCGCCCCUCCCCCACACGCCAUGCCCUUCCACGCGGCGCACGGAAGCAACGGGUGGCGUGGGGUGGACCACGCUGGGCUCGGCUUGGCGGACGAUUACACGACCGAGGUGUAUCAUCAUCAGCAGCAGCAGCAUCAGCAGCAGCAGCAGCAACCGAGUCGCAUUGAAUCUCUCAUCCAAGCGACGCAACAGAUGAUUAAGGAGGAGGAGCAGAGGCGCCUGGCUCCUUCCAAGAAGACGUCUUCGUCUGUCGCCAAAUUCCCGAGCCCCUCAUCGACGUCGUCGCUGGAGGGAUCUCACGGAGGAGGUGGCGGCGGUAACGGAAAUACCUACGCCAGCUGUUCACCGCCCACGAACCAUCAUCAUCAUCAACAGCAGCAGCAGCAGGCUCAAAGGCAUCACCACCACCAGCAACAACAACAACAGCAGCAGAACCAUCACCACCACCAUCAGCAACAGCAGCAGCAGCACAGCUCCUCGCAAACCGUGCUGGACUACUCGCGAAUCCAACCGUCGACCCACUCCCCUCCGCAGACGCUCGCCUACGGCAAGUCCGCGGCGGGUGGCGGCGGCGGCCUCUACGGCCGCGACUUCAAGCCGGCGGCGUACGACGGGUCGGCGGGCGACGCCGACCGCCACGGCUCGCCGCCGGAGCUCAGCGCGCGGUUCCACCGCGGCGUGCCCGGCGACGCGGCCGCCCGGCACGACCGCGGCUCGCCGGCCGACGUCGCGGGGGAAGCGGAGCAUUCCCCGUGCGCCUACUCGGGCUACGGCGCCGCCUCGAGGCACGCUUGCUACGGCGCCGCCGGCGUCGUCGCGGGCGGCGCCCCCGGUACUCUCGCCGGCGGGGGCGGCGGUGCGGCGGACGGGAAGACCGGCGGGUUCUCGCUGUCGGGGUACGGCGAGAGGACGGCCUUCGACGCCGCCGGGAUUCAUCACGGCCACCACGGACACCUGCAGCUGAACGGGACGUCGGUGAUCAUCAUGAACGGGAGAUAGUUUCCUGGCUGAGAUUCUUUUUUUUCGUCUCAUUCCUCCGGGCCGGGUGAACCGCGGAGCGACUCGCGGUCUCGCCACCGCCGCCGCCACUAGUUUUGUGGGACGUGACCUGGCCCGGAGAUGCGUUUUGCACUUCGCCUGCAAGUUGGAUAGCGCUGGCGGCAGUGGCGGCGGCCAGGUGGACAAAGCGCCGUUGAAAUAAAGAGAGAGGUUAAUAUAAUGGUUGGGGGAGAAGACGUCGAUCAAACGAUGUGGCUUGUGUAGAAUAGCGGCGUCCACGGACGGAGAGAUUUUGAUGCCAGUGGAUCAAGAGGACUGUUCAGAGACUCCCCGAGUAUAAAUGUACAAUUUAAUGAGACCUGUAUUAUUAUUAUUAUUGUUGAUAUUUACUUUUUAUUAUUUUAUCAGAAAACGGAGUAGCUGCAAUUGUUUUGGGUCACGUUGGGAGAAAAAAAAAACUAAAAGUGCGAGGGGGAAAAACGAAAUUAACUCUGUCCAUAUUCAAAGCCACUUUGUUGCAUGAGUUGAUGGCAUUUGAUGUUCACUUUUGAAGGCCCAACAUCCAAGAAUUAUUGGGGAGAAUAUCACCGGUUAUAAGGCGACAAGAUGCCCACCCCCCCCUUUACUCUAUAAAGUGCAAACUUCAUCAAUAAAUCAAUGCCUGAGGUUGUAUUGUUGAUGACUUAUCCAUGAAUCAGUUUAAUAUUUCAUUCGUGCACCUAUUUCACACACGUCAUCCGCACUUCCCAUCGAGCGCGGUGCGAAAGAAGUUCAACGCACGCGCACACUCCGCUGGGGACGAUGCCACAGUGGCGGUGUAGCGGUGAGUGCGCUGGUUCGAUUCAACCUCCCGGCGCAGCAGCUGAAACGGUGGGAGCGACUUUCUUAACUUUCUU